UCUGUUGUCAUGCGUCAAGUGAACUGCCGGGACAGUUGGUGGUGCUGUUUCUACUCAUCCGCAUCGUUUUAUUCCUUCAUUUAAUUUUCAAUUUUCCUUUCCCUGUGAAUUCCAGUGUGACUUGAUGUGUGAGAAAAAAUUAAAAAGCACUUUGAGACAUUUGAUUGAUGAUAUUCAAAUCAUCAAAUAUAUAAAUUUAAUUGAUUGAGUGAAAUUAUUAGGGACCAUUGAGUUAUAUGCAAGUGAAAUGAGAAUAGAAGCAAAGUCAGAGUGAAAGUCGAUUCCGUCUUACCGUGAAGGUAUUAUACAUCAAAGAAUCGGCCUUCCACCUGUGUAUUCUCUCGUUGAACCGUGACAACUGGGCCAAAGGUGGAACUCUACCAGAGACCAUUCAUCGUGGUUAAAACAUCUUUUUUUUUUCGCAAUUGAUCUUGCGGAGAGAUAAUGGAGAUUAUGCUGCGGUGAUUCGUUAGGGGGGCAAGGGCAUCUAAACGGCCGGACGGCCUUCACUUCACUUCCGGUGUUAAAUUUUUCUUUUUUUUUUAUUUUUAUUUUCUCUUUACUAUCGUCAUUAUUUUGUGGAUGAUUUAAGUCACAUUGGAGCAGUGGAAUCAUGAGUUUACUCUCGUCAUCGAUCAUACGAAGACUGGGAGAUGAUGAGGCUGAUCACAAUAUGCUGCAGGAUCUACAAUUAGCAGCUGAACUCGGCAAAACUCUUCUAGACCGAAACAAAGAAUUAGAAACAAAUUUGAAGACACAGCAAGCAACAAUUGAUGAACAGGCACAAGAGAUUGAGUACAUGAAAAAACAAACAGCAGCCCUCAGAGAAGUCAAUGACUCCAGGCUCAAAGUUUAUGAACAACUUGAAGUCAGUAUACAGGAUUUGGAGCGUGCCAAUCACAGACUUGUUAUUGAAAAUACAGCCGAUAAAAAAUUAAUCAAGAGUCAAUGUUUGACAAUUGAGAAUCUUGAGGCAAAGCUUGACGAUGUGCAAAAAAAAUUUGACGAUUUCAAGCACCAGCAUGAGAGUCUUAUGCGUCAACAGCAAAAUCCAAAUCAGCCUACUGACACACAAUCCUCAACUACUUGGAAGGGCACGAUAUCACAAGAUGGUGGCAUACAAAAGAGCGCUACCAGAAGCCCAUCGAAGCCCUCUCCAGUACCAUUGACGGAUGGUAUUAUUCGCUCGACAACUAACCCAUUAAACUCAGACGAAGAAGUUACUGAAUUACUAAGGCAAUUGCAAGAAACACGUAAUCAGAGGGCGAGGGAACAGAAGAAGGUUAACGAGUUGCGUGAGCAGCUCGAAUCUCUAUUGAAGGAGAACACUUUGCUCGAAGAACAGCUCAAUGAAUGGAGGAAUAAAGCACAAGAUAUGAAGAAUUUGCAGGAAGAAAUUAACACAUUAGAGGAAGUCCGACAAGGAAAACUAUGUGGGCGUUGUCUUCGCGGAUGUGAUACAAGAGCCCACGAUGAAUUAUCAAUAAUGCUGGAUCAAGAGGAGGAUGAUGAUUUUAGCAUUGCCGAGUCAUCUCUCAACGAUAGCCAUCGAGAAUCUGAUGUGGUGGUGCAGGAAUCAACAGCUGGCAAUGGUCUCUCCCCGGUGAUGGACGUAAAUCCCUAUCGAGUUUUAGUGGAAAAAUACGAGGCAUUGCUAGAAGUUCAGCGUCAACCAGCACGUCGUAAGCCAAGUAUUGCCGCACCACCCUGUAUGUCUCUUCAAGAGGAACUAGAGAUGUCAGGUGAUUUCAACAAUUUCCAAACACAAUUCUGCGACGAGAGCCACGAAAUUCAUGACACGUCAAAACAGAGUCGCCUGGUUCUUCCAUCCCAAGAUUGUCGAAACGGCAAAAAACCAUUCUCAGCAACUCCCACAGACUUCUCAGAGGCUGAAACCUCAUCAUCGGGUUUCUCAGAUGAAACGAGUAACAAGGGAACUCAAACCGAUGGUCGACCCGGUUCAUUCCUCUGCUCCAUUGCUGACGACGACUGCAAAUUCAGUAUUUAUGAUGACACGAGCUCCUUUGAGAGUCGAUUUAACAAAGCACCACAGUAUCGUCAACUCUUCAGGGAGAUUUUUGGUGUUUUGAAGAGAGCAGCCGAGGCUAAAGAUGAGGGUGAAAAGCUACCCCUCAUUGAUAAUACAGUGGAAUCCUCAGUGAAUAGAAUUACAGACGAUUCAAUGGAAAAUGACGAUACCAUGAGCGUCAUGUCAUCAGUUAUUUCAUCAGUUGUUUCUGAACCUGUCAUCAGGAUUCAAAGCCCAACUCCUGAGAAAGGUGAAGAGGGCACAAGUGCCAGUCCAGGCAAGAGUGAAAAUCACAAUGUAAUCAGACAUCCUCACAAAAGACAUCAGCAGUAUGAUUAUUUGUCCGUUCAGGUGAGGAAGAAGAAUAUAGCGAAAAAAAGUGCUCAAAAAAAAUUGAACUUCAGUGACAGAUCGACGACACCAGACAUCGUACCAAGUCAAAAUCCAAAAUUCUUGCAGGCCAAGUCAAACAGCGGUGGCAGAAGACAAAAAUUCCGACCCCUCACCCAAGCCGAACAGGAUGGUACUGUUUGGAAUGGUAACACUAUUCACGUAUUCUCAAGUAGAACGAGAGAAUCACCAACGACUCGUAGAGUUAAUGGACACAAUCGUCACAAUGAUCAGCAAAAUUCUACAACACUGGAAUUCAAUAAGGAGUAUAAACCCUCCUCAGCAUCUGAAGAAGUUGCAAGACUCAGGAGACUUGAAAUGUCUUAUGCUGAGGCUCUAAGAAUGCCAAACAAACCAAAAGCCAAUCAUUCACGUAGACAUUAACGGAAAAAAAAAUUAAAAAAAAAAAAAAAAAACAAAAAA